AUAUAUCUCCCACCAGCUUGUUUCCAUGGCUACGGGGAAGCCGUUGACCUUUAAUAUCCGUUAUCUGUGACGUUACUGAUGCCGGCACACAGCUGGCGGGCGUGACACCAGCGUCACAUGAGGGUGUUAAGAUCUGCAGCAUUUCGUCUGCUAACGGAGAGAAAUGGGAAAACCUGGCAGCUAGUUUGAGAUAUUUUAUCCACAUCCUUGUCAGUGUGGAAGCAAUUCUUCUCUUUGAAUUGCAACGUUAUUCAUGAAGAAAAAAAAUGAAAUAUAAGUGAUUACGAAGCAGCUUAUUCCAAAAGUCGAGUGAUAAGUUUAAGGUAGCAAUGUCCAGUCAAGAAUGCAUAACAUCAUUAAGGUUAUGAGGGUAGUUAAUUGUUUAUGAGAGAUGGGCAGCUGCAUACUGAUGGUUAUCUGUAAAUCCUGUUUCAGAGGCAUAUUUUUUCACUGUCUGCUGUGGACAGCAUGACAUUGUGCUUGCAAAUACCUGCUGAUAGCAAGAGCACUUUUGCAAGUAUCAGAAAUUGGCAAACUGCUGUCCAUAGAUGCUACUGUCUUCAUGAUACCCUUUUCAGCACCACACAGUGAUUUGUUGUCCAUAAUGUGAUAGUAUAUAGAACUCAAUUACCUGUUUCAGGCAUCAAUUUUUCACCCUGUAAUGCAGAUAGCAGGGUGUCAUGCUUUCAAAAAUAAAAGUAGGCUUCCAUGUGUGUCAGUGCUGGUAAUGUCAACAGUGAAGUUGCUUUGAGUUUAUUAUGCAUGGCAGACAGUGAAAAAUGAAGGUCUGAAAGAAACUGACAUGGAUAACACAGCAUUGUACUAUCUGGUGGACAGAAGAAAUUCUGCAUGUUAAAAGGGCCCAAGAUGCUCAAACUAUUAGUGUUUGUAUAUAGUAGAGCUGCACUAAGUGAUCUGACAAAAGUCAGCAGAUCUCCACCAAGUAUAUUUUUGCAUGAUGGAGCUUGGUCUCAUUCCAUAGUUGAUGAUGAAGCUCUGUCUUACCAAAAUAUACAAGUGAGGUUUAUUGUUUUUUGCCAGUGUGCCAGUUUGCAUGAGACCUUGGUGAUUGCUUGAGUCAGUGCAGGUGUAGGUCAUUAUAGUACCUGUUUGUGCCAUUGUCCUUCACUUUUGUACAUCAGCUAAGAUAUCAGGUGCCUUGUUUUGAUUCCUGUACAAGGUGUUAGAUUUUGUUUUUGUCCAUCCGUGUGUGGUACUAUUGUAAAUAUUUACCAAAAUGUUGCUUAUGUGGUUGUUGAUAUGUCUACAUAGCACGAUCUGCUUUCAGCUCACUUUUUUCAUAGUGCACUCUAACAAAAGGAAUCAUUUUGCAAAUGAUGCUCUAACACCUCUGCUGAAAUGUCUCGUGGGACCACAGUGAGGACCUCCGUGUCUCUCACCUCAUUAGGAUGGCUCUACUUAGUUCAAGGCAUCCCAUAUGGGCUGCAAGACAAGUUCAUUCCAGUUCAGCUUCGUUCGCGGGGACUGCAGUAUUCGAGUGUGUCCCUGUUGAAAGCCCUGUUAUUUCCGUGGGUUGCAAAAGGACUGUGGGCUCCUUUAGUUGAAGUCCUCGGUGGCAAACAUUGCUGGCUCUUGGUGUCACUUGUUGCUCUCAGUGCCUCGGCAUAUGGAGGAUCACUUGUCAUCCCAGAAGAUGUCUUUGAGAUUGGGUGUGUCCUUCUCUCUCUAAACGUGUUCUCGGCCAUCCAAGACAUUGCUGUGGAUGGGCUGGCACUUGAAGUCCUCCGAGAUGAACACCUUGGGCUCGGAAACACCAUACAGGUGGUCCUCUACAAAGUUGGCUGUCUGUUGGGUGGUGCUGGACUUACUUUUUUAUUAGAUCUCACCAACUGGAAGAUCACAUUCAACUUCCUUGCCUUUUUAUAUCUUUUUACUGCUGCUUGGUCCAUACAUCUGCCCACUAGCAGUAACAUGUUUGUUAAAUACUCUGUUGUGGAUAAAGAGAACAAACGGAAAGGUUCUUUCAAGGCUGAGAACGAUUCCCAAGUGAACCUAGACAGUGCUCAGGGUAUGAGUCAGUGUAAGGCCAAGUCAGAAUCCCAGAUAAAGAAAGUUUUUGGUAUCAUAAGCGAGGUUGUCACCACACCAGGAACAGGAUGGCUCAGCCUGUAUGUCCUCUUAUACAAAAUGGGUGAGAGAGGAGCAAUAAACAACAUGCCUCUCUUCCUUUUGGAUAAAGGUAUGUCAAAACAUCUUCUGGCUUUCUGGAAUGGCUCAGUUUGUCAAGGCUUGUCCAUCCUCGGCUCAUUUUAUGGAGGCAUCACUCUUGCAAAUAAAGAUGCUGACAUUAAACAUGUGUUACUGUUACAUUCAGUGUACAGAGUGUUUGCUGUACUGGUAAUGCUGGUCUUGAUCAUAUUAUGGAAUGAACAUUAUAUAUCAAUAUAUUUCUCUUCGGGUAUAGUAAGUAUGUGUUCUCUUAGCUUCACCAGUGGCGUUAUAUCUACUGCGUCAUUCACUCUCAUGAUGAAAGUGAGUAGAGUGUGCAAGGGAGAGACGCAGGCUAGCCACUAUAGUGCUUUGGCCUCGAUUGAGAUUGCUGGUAAACUUGUAUUUGCAACUCUGGCAGGUUUUAUUAUUGAGUCUGUUGGCAUUGCAUCAGCAUUUUUGACUUUUACAGUAUUGUGUACACUGCCUUGCAUGGUACUUAUGAUAAUCCCAAGUCACCUGUGUCACCUGAAAAAUGACUGAAAUUAAAUGAUUUAAAAAUCA